UUCAUGGAGCUUGUAGAAACAGAGGCAGGAAUUCCUAGGUUUUCUGAAAUGUAGACAAUUUAUUCGAAAACACACCAAAUGAACGGGAUUUUGAUUUUCGAGAUUUCACUAGAAACUUGCUUAAGUUCAAAUGAGACCUGAACGGUGUCGCCCAGAUGUUCUUCGUUGAAGAAUUGAUUGCUUGCAAGGAAAUUGGAUCUAGCGGUUCCGAAUCGACUGCCAGUAACUUCGCUCGGUUGCUUUGCAUUCCCCGUCCACUCGUGAUUGGAGUGUCCGAGAUACGGGCAAGAACUCGAUCGAGACGAGAUGCGGGCGAAUUUACCAUCCUGCGCAUGAAGGCAUCGGACAGAACACGAGCAGAGGCUCCAAUUUGACUUAUGGCCGCGCAAGGCAGUUCCGGAGCCGGCGGGCCGUUGUUGAGGGUGGCUGACAUGCUGCAAGACCUAGCGCAGGACUCGAGCUCGGAAACUUUCUUCAAGAAAUCAUUCUCCUCAGAUUCUCCAGAUCUUUCGCCCUCUGCUCAGAAUUUCAAACCAGGGCUCAAAAUUCAGGACCUGCCAACUGCUUUUGAGGAAACGUACAGCGAGCUCAAUGUGGCCUUGUCACAGUCUGGACAUACCUGGACCGGUCUCACACAACAGUUAUGCGCGACAUUGACAACGGCAGACAAGUUGACACCCACAUCCCAGUUGCAUCUUGGACAGCUGUCACAAGAACUGAAGAAACUAGAAAAAAUUGUGGAGAGAGGACAAGAAGCUGUGGUAAGACUGCAGCUUGCAAUGGGGCAACCCAAGGAUGAAGCGCGAGUCUCCUGAUUGCUGUAGGAAAGAUGAAGAGCUGACUGUGUUCAAGACCCUAGUUGUAUAAAGAUUUCUGUUACAAUCAGUGAUGAACUGUCACAAUAGAGACGAGACCUGGUUCAAACUUACAAAUGUUGUUCGGAUUUUUGCUUUUCGGGUGCCUAGAUAACGUAGGACAUUGUAGAGUCUAUCUCCGGUGAGGGUGAUGGUGUAUUGGAGGAUGACUCUUGUGGAAUUAAGAUUUCAGAGCUGAUACCAGACUGAGGACGGUGUUGGAGAAACUUAAAUCUAAUGAGCAGAAUUUUAGGUCGUCUUCUGCAUCGGUUUUACAGUAGAUGUCGCUUCAUGCGGCCCUCUUGGCGUCUGAACUGAACAAGUAAUUUAUCCUGCUCUGCUCUAGCUCCUGAUGUAACGUCAGUGGGAACUCUUGUCACAUCGUUUUGCAGUUAUGGUAAAUGUACUAGAAGCAAACAA